AUACAACAGAAACAUCAGGAAUUAAUGUAGUGCCUAAUGCAAUGUGUAAUAAAGCCGUGUAGACCAGGAGGUGCAGCAGAUCAUUAAAUACCAGCAAACACUGUUAGGUGAAAAAAAUUAUGAAAUUCAAAUUUAUAUUUAUUAUUGAAUAAAUAUGCAGAGUAAAUGUCACAUAUGCUACCCGUGAAAACAAAUUGAAUUAUACAGCAAAUUAAACAACAAAUACUUUUCAUCCUGUUUUCAAAUGUUUGGCUAUUAAAGCGCUUACAGCUUAAUUGGGCGUUACAGAGUGGUCUUGGCAAAUUUUAAAUUCAGUAAACUAAAGGAAAAGUGUGAUAUUACGAAAGCGAAAAAUAUCAGUAGCUCUUAAAACUGCGAGAGUAAAAAUAUUUAUAUUUGUGAAACGGAAGACAAAGAAACAAGAGAACUUAAUUAUUGAUCAUGUUGGCCUUUCAUAACGAGCAUAUAGCCAGUUGCGCUUUUCUGACUUAUUUCAGUCCGGAGAGCUCCGCCACGCCCGCCACGUCGCCCACGACAGGAGCACAGGCAACGCUCCAGCUCCACAAUGACAAGCAGUCGAUAGCAGGGGUUGCCUAUCCAUGUGGCGCCCUAAACGUGCGGCGCUUGCGCUGGCAGCAAAAUCCACAAUCCUUUGGAUACCCUUAUCCUCGUCUGCAGCUGCAACGCCACCAGCAACAGCAACCGCUACCAAAUCAGCCAUCCAGUUCCGGCCGCCUCAGUUUGGGCAGCCGCCACAGUUUGCGCGAUUUCUGCAAAACGCAGGCAAUUUGCUAA